GACAAUACAUUCUUCCAAGAUGCAAUAUUUAUUAAUAUAUUCUUCCAAAAUAUAUUUAUUAAUUCUCCUAUAAAAUAUUUCCUUUAUAAGAAAUAAAUGAUCUUUUAUGAGAGAUACCUCAGAAACGGCCCCCAGGAGAUUUCCAUUUAAUACCUGGGCUAUAUCAUUUUACCUCCUUUCACAAAAAGACAUAUGAUAGGCCAUCACUUGAAAAGGGAUUUAAAUGUUGGGACACAUUUUUAAAUGCUGAAUUUUUAAUAUCUUGCUACCUACUAAGAAAAAAUACUUUUUCAAAAGUUUCUUACACUUGUGAUAGUUGGAAAUGUGGAAUAGAAUCCUAUAUAACUUGACAAUCAAUAUUCUGCAAAAAAAGAUCCUACCUGAAACAGAUCGGUGUCUUCAUAUACUGGUAUUAUUAUGUUUGUAUGAAGUUCAGUCAAUAAAUAUCUGUUCAGACAUCCCUAUAGAAACUGUAGUCUUAUUUUCCAGGGGGCAAAGCUACUCCUAUCUCCUUUCCCUCCCCCCAAUACUGCUGCUAUACUUAUAAGAAUUUUUAAUUUGUAUCAUUCAUCCAAGUUACUGUGGUUUCCUUUAAUUUACCCUUUACUCUCUCCUAUACAAAUGAUUUCUCAAGCAAUCUUGUUUCAUUUUGGAUUUCAAUUAUGAAAAAUUUUUUAAUUUUUUAAAUUUUAAUAACAAAUUUCCACAUGUUUUCCAAAGUCAUAUAUGAUCCAUACUGUCUCUCUCCCUUCUUCCCUCCCUACCUCCUGGAGCUGACAAGCAAUUCAACCUGGGUUAAACAUGUAUUAUCACUCAAAACAUAUUUCCAAAUUAUAAAAAAAUUUAAAAUUAACAGUAAUUUAAAUUAAAUUAAAUUAAAACACACUUUUUCUUUGACUACUUAUUAUGACAAAUCAAUAAAGAAUUUCAAAUACCUUAGAGGAAACUAAAAAACUCAAACCUUAGAAUACUUUAGUUUCUAUAUUUUCAACAUAUUUAAGGCAAUUAUAAAUUAAUAAUGUGGACUGGGUAGAUGGAUUUACUUUCCAAAUUAAAAAAAAAGGUUUAAAUCUGAUGAUUAAAGCUAAAAGCAACCAUUUUCAACCUGUCUAGGAAAAAAAAUCAAGACUUUUCUUGCAAAAUUCUGGUAGAUUCAUAUACUGUAACUCUAACCUUUAAUAUUUGACAUUUCCAUGCUGAAACAGAGCAGUGGAAACUUUUCUGAAUCUGUGUUGCUUUUGGAAACCAGCACCUCACAUCUGCUGUCUCUGCAAUGCAGUGUCCAAGCUGGGUGUAAAAGGUUAUUUUAUAAUUGCCACUGCAGAUGAUAUCAGAAUCAUAACUGUCACCCUGUGGCUCCAUCUUCCUAAGAACAACGAUCUUUUGAACAAGUCACAAGUAUGUGAUUUUCUGAAUUAAUACCUUCCACAGAUGGAAAUACAGACUUUGUGUUUAAGAAAAAGAAAAUCAAAUCCAAGGCUACUUACUGAAAGUAAAGGUAGUCUCUGCAGAUUGAGUCCAACUGCUUCUACUGCAUUUGUUAACAUUUCUGGAAAUUCCUUGAUUCCUAAGGCAUUUCUUUCCUCUACACCCCUCCUCCCCAUGAGAAGUUUAUUAAUAAUCUAACUAUCCUUCAACAAAAAGAUUGAUAAAAGGUGGUGAGGUAUGGGGAUAUGAUUGUAUUUCUUGGUGAAAGCACAACUUUCACCAAAAGAAAAGCAUUCUACCCAUUAGAAUGCCCUGGAUAAAGAGAUAGCUGAGCUAAGCAACUGAAAGCAGGAGGUGUAAGGCAAAGAUUCCAUUAGUUCAAGAAUUCUAUAAAUGCUGCUAAUUACUAUUUUUUUAGUUUCAUGACAUGUGCUAGUUUUUUUUUUUUUCAAAAAAGGGGGAAAAGUCUGUACUGGCCUCAGAUGUACCAUCAAUUCUUCCUUUCCAUACCCACACCCACACCCCCAUAACAACUUUUGUUUUCUAACACUACUUAUUCCUGGUUUGAAACCUGACAAAUAGCAAAAAUUUAGCAACCAAAAAAAAAGAAAGAAAGAAAAAGGAAAAAAAAGUAUUUUGCCACCCUCCUGGCUAACUGAAAUGCUUGUUCCUGAGAUUACAGUAAUUACAGCCCCAGCAUGAGCUCCAUACAAGCGCUAAAUGAAACAGCAGAUCAAUUAAAAAAUAAACACUCCAUUCUAGGAGUAAGACAACCCCCUGGGACGUCCUAACAAGCGUAAAUGAACCUGCCAGGCAGCCUGCCCCUCCACCCGGUUCCCUGCUCUCUUAUCUUAAGGUGGGUUGGAGGAGUUAGCAAGGGGAAGGGUUAAUUGACAGGGUAGCAAGCGGUAGGUAAAAGAAACCUUUGGUCCCUGUUCCUCCCCGUAUAGAUCACGAAUUAAACCUCAACCUGCCUCACCCUGGAGGUUAAGCCUCAACUUUCCAGCGAUCUGACUGAUCUGAGUAAAUAGUGGAAUAGGAAGAAGGAAGACACUGUGGUGAAGACAAACCCAUAUGUAGUUUUACACAGAUAUGCUUAUAGGAUGUGUGUAUUAUGUAUGCCUACUCCCAAAAGUUUGUUUCAGCAAAUGGAUGGAGUUUCACAGUACAGACGUGCUGUAGAUUCAGAGGUAAUCCAAGAGGUGGCAAAGUUUUCCAUUUGGCUAUGGAACCGUGAUUUCGGUUCUGGUGGUGAUAGGUUGAGAGUGGAAUAGUUUGCAGUGACUUAAGUUUUGCAUAUAUAUCUAUAUUUCUGUAUUGUCACAUAAUCAUAUACAGAUAUGUAUGUAUAUAUGUGUGUGUAUCUUUUCAGACUGAAGCUCUGGCUUCCAGAAAUGAAUGUCUACUAAAUCAGAUGCCCCACUUGCUCUUACAAACCCUUCUUUCCUCCCUAUGGAUAGCCAGCACCUAAUAUAAAUGGCAAAUUUCUUCAAAAUUCCAAUAGCUUAUGACCCAAAGAAAUGCCUGGUUUCAAAGGUAAUUUGGCAGUUACCUAGUUUAACUUCUUCAUUUUUUUUUAAAUUGAGGAGAAAACACAAGUUCAGAGAGGUGGUGACUUGCCCAAGUUCAGUUUAGUGGUAGGGACCACAGCUAGACACCCCAUCCAGUGAACUCUUCCAAAUCACUAUGACCCAUUGGUCACGCCUGUGGUGAUCCAUUCACAUCUCCUUCUAAGAACCCCAAGAGAAAUCCUCAUUGGGAUCAUGAGUUUAAAAAGAAAAAGUCUGCUUUCUCAUAAAGUGAAAGGGUGCAACUAACACCCCUUUCUAUCACAAAGUCCUUUGCACUCACCUGGCCAGGCCUUUCUACUCCGUUGAAAUUUCCUAAGAGGUUGCCAUUUAAGGCUGUUUCACUGAGUUCGGGAAGCUCACAGAGCUCCGGAGCCUUUUCCAAAAGAUAUCAGAGGAAUACCCGAAGCUGGGUCAAGACCACUGACACAGUUUCAUUCACGUCUGGAUAUUGAAACUUUAUUAACCUGUUACUUGGAAGAUGAGCGCCGGACAAGGUCACACUCAUUCCAAAAUUAAAGAGCCUAGAAAUUGGGGUGUAGGUACACCUUGCUCCUGAGGUGUGAAAAGAAAAAGAUGCUAACCAUUGAUUUACCCAGAGAAGAGAAGCGGUAUUUUGGUUCGCUGUUAUGUUUUUUCAGGGCAGUUUAGGAAGAGGAUUCUAGGUUUCCUUUGGAAAACCGCCGCUAAAACAAGCACAAGACGCACAUCCACCGACCCCCUCAUCCUGCUCCAACCCCGCCCUUCCCAGAUCUCCAUCACCAGGAUGUCUGUAAGUUCGUCUUCCGAGGAUAUAGACUGCAAUAUAGAGAACCUCCUUAAGUGGGGUUGAGACUUGGGAGUCCCUGGUCUCCGCCCCCUCUUCCGAAAGAUAGGCUGACUUAACCCAGGAGGCGGAGACUGAGUCAGCUCCGUAUAAAUAUUCAUGAGGACCGCGGCUAGAAGCUAGCAGGGGCUGGAGACUGGGAAGUUGUGUAAAGGGCGCUGCUCCCGCGGAGGAGACAGCGGCAGCAGCAGCAGCAGCAGCAGCAGAAGACGAAGACAACGAAGUAGCAGUAGCAGCAGUAGCUAAAGCUCAGGUGUACGGGUUUGUUUUUUGACAAGAGGCCUGACUGCCUACGAUUCCGUGUGUCCCCUAGCAGCACCGCUACGACUUUUACCUGGAGGGGGGAGCCAGUUGCCCCGCACUUGGCGGAGAGCUGAGUUUCAAGAGACCGCAGGAGGGCACUGACUAACCGCUGCUGAGUUCCGAGAAAUCCUGCUUGGCGGCUCGACUUUUAUAAAGGAGGGGAAAUUUGUUUGCUAGUCCCUGGGUGUUCUUAGCGGGGGCAGAAAAAGCUGGAAAGGUUCAUCUCGAGACCGGAGGAGUUUGUAUAUAUUUGCUCAGCCAUUUUGACUUUGCAUCACGGGGAGCGGAGGCGAAACUUGUGGACUCACCACCUUCUGUGCUCAGCAAAGUCAGGGGCAGCCCAGAAGCAGCCGGGGGAAAAGUGGCUGCGGCCCGAAAGAAGAAGAAGAAAAAAAAAGCAAGUGCAAUAACAGGAGAACGAUGAGACUGCGACUGGAAACACUCCUCCGGGCGGACUGAAACUGGACCUGAAAAAAUUUUAAGGGGGGGAAAGGGGAGAGAACCCCCCCGGGAAGGAUUGCCGGGCUUUUCUUACUCCCCUCCGGAUUUACUCCUUUCCAAACCGCAAAGGAACUGCUGUGGGACUUGGGGAAGGGGGGGGAGCGCGGGGGUGGCGCUUUCUCUCCCCCCGCCCCUGGCUCCCGGGGAAAGGAGCCGCUACUGAGAUUUGAAGCGGGUGGGGGGUAGGGGGGAGGGAGGGAGGGAGGUUUGGAUUGAUUUCCUCAUCCAGCUUCCCGGACAGUGAGACUUGGGACUAGCCGCUAGCGGGGGAGACAAGGGGGGCGCAAUCGGCAGCUUCAUUUACAACCCAUUUCUCCCUGGAGAAGCCAAAAGACCUUCGAAGAGGGGCAGGGGGAGGGCCCAGCAAGAGGAGAGAAGCCCCCGCUGGUACCCGGGGAAGCUUGGAAAGCGCUUGCUGCAGGGCUUGCUCGCCAGGCUACUCCUUUCCCUCUCCCUCCCUCUUUCACUCUAUUCUCCACCCCUCCAGCAGCUCCCGCGGUGCAGGGAGAGAUUUGGGGAGAACUAGUAAGCGUGGCGAGAGGGACACUUGGAGGACUCCGGGGUGUGCGAGUCUGCCGACUGGGCCGUGUGCGAGGAGCCAAGUAUGGAGUGGAGUUACCUGUUGGAAGUCACCUCCCUGAUCGCUGCCUUCUCCCUGCUGCAGCGUUCCAGCGGGGCGGCCGCCGCCUCGGCCAAGGAGCUGUCGUGUCAAGAGAUCACCGUGCCCCUGUGCAAGGGCAUCGGCUACAACUACACCUAUAUGCCCAACCAGUUCAACCACGACACGCAGGACGAGGCGGGCCUGGAGGUGCACCAGUUCUGGCCCCUGGUGGAGAUCCAGUGUUCGCCCGACCUCAAGUUCUUCUUGUGCAGCAUGUACACGCCGAUCUGCCUGGAGGACUACAAGAAGCCGCUGCCGCCCUGCCGCUCGGUGUGCGAGCGGGCCAAGGCCGGCUGCGCCCCGCUCAUGCGCCAGUACGGCUUUGCCUGGCCGGACCGGAUGCGCUGUGACCGGCUGCCGGAGCAAGGCAACCCAGACACCCUAUGCAUGGACUACAACCGCACGGACCUCACCACCGCUUCACCCAGUCAGCCCCACCACCAUCACCCGCCGCCACCGCCGCCGCCGCUACCCGGCGAGCAGCCGCCCCCGGGCUCCGGGCACCAUCGGCCCUCCGGGGGUCGGCCUCCACACCGGGGCAGCGGGAGCGGCAAGGGUUCGGAGGCUGCAGCUCCCCCGGCCCGAGGCGGAGGCGGGAAAUCCCGGACCCCUGGCGGCGGCUCCUCCCCCUGUGAACCGGGCUGCCAGUGUCGUGCGCCCAUGGUGUCGGUGUCCAGCGAGCGGCACCCGCUCUACAACCGAGUCAAGACUGGGCAGAUCGCCAACUGCGCUCUGCCCUGCCACAACCCCUUCUUCAGCCAGGACGAGCGAGCAUUCACCGUCUUCUGGAUCGGUCUAUGGUCAGUGCUCUGCUUCGUCUCCACUUUCGCCACAGUCUCCACCUUCCUCAUUGACAUGGAACGCUUCAAAUACCCUGAGCGACCCAUCAUCUUCCUCUCCGCCUGCUACCUCUUCGUCUCGGUGGGCUACCUGGUGCGCCUGGUGGCCGGGCACGAGAAGGUGGCGUGCAGCGGAGGGGCAGCGGGAGCUGGCGGUGCGGGUGGGGCCGGCGCCGGGGCAGGGGCGGCCGGUGCAGCGGCUGGGGCUGCUGGGGGCCCGGGAGGGCGGGGCGAUUAUGAGGAGCUGGGUGCGGUGGAGCAGCACGUGCGCUACGAGACGACGGGCCCGGCGCUAUGCACGGUAGUCUUCCUGCUUGUCUACUUCUUUGGCAUGGCCAGCUCCAUCUGGUGGGUGAUCCUGUCGCUCACCUGGUUUCUGGCGGCGGGCAUGAAGUGGGGCAACGAGGCCAUCGCGGGUUACUCACAGUACUUCCACCUGGCCGCCUGGCUGGUACCCAGCGUCAAGUCCAUCGCGGUGUUGGCUCUCAGUUCUGUGGAUGGUGACCCAGUGGCUGGUAUCUGCUACGUGGGCAACCAGAGCCUGGACAACCUGCGGGGCUUCGUGCUGGCCCCGCUGGUCAUCUACCUCUUCAUCGGCACCAUGUUCCUCCUCGCUGGCUUCGUGUCGCUCUUCCGCAUCCGUUCGGUCAUCAAACAGCAGGGAGGCCCCACCAAGACGCACAAACUGGAAAAGCUCAUGAUCCGCCUGGGCCUCUUCACCGUCCUCUACACCGUGCCCGCCGCAGUCGUGGUCGCUUGCCUCUUCUAUGAGCAGCACAACCGCCCCCGCUGGGAGGCCACCCACAACUGCCCCUGCCUGCGGGACCUGCAGCCGGACCAGGCCCGCCGGCCAGACUACGCAGUCUUCAUGCUUAAGUACUUCAUGUGCCUCGUGGUGGGCAUCACCUCGGGCGUGUGGGUCUGGUCUGGAAAGACGCUCGAGUCGUGGCGGGCCUUGUGCACUCGCUGUUGCUGGGCCAGUAAGGGAGCUGGUCCCGGCGGAGGAGCCGCUGCCGCCGCCGCUGCCGUAGGCGCGGGAGGAGGAGGAGGGGGAGUGGGAGGGGGAGGCAGCGGAGGAGGAGUGGGGGGAGGUGGCGGCGGAGGAGGAGGAGUGGGAGGCGGAGGAAUGGGAGGAGGGGGCUCUAUGUACAGCGAUGUCAGCACGGGCUUGACGUGGAGAUCAGGCACCGCCAGCUCGGUGUCCUAUCCCAAACAAAUGCCAUUAUCCCAGGUCUAGAAGGGGGCGGCUGUAGGCAAAAGGAGAGGACUUCUCGGAAAAGGACGAGGCGGGAGUGAGAAGAAGAGGGAAGGAGGGACCUUUGACUGUCUGAAGUUCCCACCCCCCCACCCCCCUUCUCUGUGUUGAUUGCUAUUAGCAUGAUAAUGAAGUCUUAAUGGUAUCCAUUAGCCGGGACUUAAAUGAUUUGGUUAGAACAAUGUACCUGGCAUUGACAGCUCACAGACCGCCCCCCCCCUUUCCUCCAUUUAUAUGCAAGGAACUCUUACUGCAAGGCAGUGUUAAUUUUUGUUGUUGUUGGCAAAGAAGGGUGGACUCUGCCCAGUCUCUAGAACGGAAGGCAAGAAGCUUUCACUCCUGGUCCUGUGCUCCGCCUGGAAACCCAUAGAGCAGCACAUGUCGUUCAUUUGAGGGCUGUGUCUUCCUUCCCCCUGACACAUACACUCACUCUCUUACGUAAACUCUUUAUGAUUAACAAACGCAUCCUAGAGGAGGGAUGAUCAGGACCUGAUGGGACUGCAAGGUUUGGGUUUUCUAAAUGACCAGGCAAAUGCCUUAACAAACAAACAAACAAAACCAUGUCUUAAUUAUACACCCCAAGUAAAUACGGGUUUCUUACAUUAAAGGAUGUAUUUAUAUAAUUAUUUGUUAACUUGUAAAAAUAUGUAAAAUAUGUACAUAUCAAAAGAUAUACUGUCUGUACAUUUUUUUUGUAAAAAGUUUAGAGGCUACCCCUGUAAGAACAAAUAUGAGUAUUCUAUUUUGUCAAUAAAAUGACUUUUGAUAAAUGA